CGUGUAACGGGCGGUGGGCCGCAGCCAUGGCUGAGAGGAAACCUAACGGCGGGGGCGCCGCCUCCACGUCCUCGUCGGGCACUAAUUUACUCUUCUCAUCCUCGGCCACGGAGUUCAGCUUCAACGUGCCCUUCAUCCCCGUCACCCAGGCCGCCGCCGCCUCGGCCUCCUUGCUCCUGCCCGGAGAGGACUCCACAGAUGUUGGUGAGGAGGACAGCUUUCUCGGUCAGACUUCUGCUCACACGUCUACCCCGCAGACAUUUAGUUACUUCUCUCAGGUAUCAAGCAGUAGUGAUCCGUUUGGAAAUAUUGGACAGUCGCCAUUAACAACUGCAGCAGCAUCAGCUGGACAGUCAGCACCCUCCAAACCCCCAGCUUCUCUCCCUUAUACAACUGGAUCCCAAGAUGUGUUGAAUGCAUUUCCACCAUCCAUUUCGAAAGCUCAGUAUGGUGCUCCAGCUUCUUCACAGAUGGGAACAAAUACUUAUUUGCCUUCUCAGCCAAGUAGUCUCCCUCCUUCAGAUUUUGGGAGCCCACCCCAAGGAAUACCUCAACAAGGAUACAAUCCCUAUCGCCACACUCCUGUAAGCAGCAGAGCUAACCCUUAUAUAACACCACCACAGCUGCAGCAGUGCCAAGCACCAGCUCAUUCUACCCACCCUCCACCCUCUGGGCCCCCUGUGCCCAUGUAUCAGACGCCUCCAGGAUCUUUGCCACUGAUUCCUCCUCCAGUGCAGUCUGGGAUGUCCCCUCCAGCACAUCAGCAGGCCUUCGCUAGGCCUGUGGGUUCCUCUAUGCAAGUGCCACCUCCUCUUAUGCUUCAAAACCACUAUGAACCUGUUCAGCCCCACUGGUUUUACUGCAAGGAGGUAGAAUAUAAACAACUCUGGAUGCCUUUCAGUGUGUUUGACUCUUUGAAUCUUGAAGAAGUCUAUAAUUCAGUCCAGCCAGACCCUGAGAGUGUGGUUCUCGGCACAGAUGGAGGGCGCUAUGACGUUCACCUCUAUGACCGAGUGAGGAGGGCCGUGUACUGGGAAGAGGAGCCAGCUGAAGUGAGGCGUUGCACUUGGUUUUAUAAAGGAGAUGCAGAUAGCAGAUUCAUCCCUUAUACAGAGGAGUUCAGUGAGAAGCUAGAGGCUGAAUAUAAGAAAGCUGUAACCACGAAUCAGUGGCACCGCAGAUUAGAAUUUCCAAGUGGAGAGACAAUUGUUAUGCACAAUCCAAAGGUUAUUGUUCAGUUCCAGCCUUCGUCGGUGCCAGAUGAAUGGGGGACCACACAAGAUGGACAGACAAGGCCCAGGGUUGUAAAGUGUGGAAUUGAUGAUAACCUUGAUGAAAUUCCCCACGGGGAAAUGCCUCAGGUCGACCAUUUGGUGUUCAUGGUGCAUGGCAUUGGACCUGUGUGUGACUUGCACUUUAGAAGCAUUAUUGAAUGUGUGGAUGAUUUUAGGGUAGUUUCUCUCAAAUUGCUGCAGACACAUUUCAGGAAAUCUUUAGAUGAUCGGAAAAUAAGCAGAGUGGAGUUUCUUCCAGUUCAUUGGCAUAGUUCCUUGGGUGGGGAUGCCACAGGUGUUGACAGGAAUAUUAAGAAAAUCACUUUACCAAGUAUUGGUCGGUUUCGUCACUUUACCAACGAAACCUUGCUAGAUAUUCUGUUUUACAAUAGCCCCACCUACUGUCAGAAGAUUGUGGAAAAGGUGGUAACGGAGAUAAACCGUCUGCACGCACUCUUUCUGAGUCGGAACCCGGACUUCAAAGGAGGGAUCUCUGUGGCUGGUCACAGUUUAGGUUCUUUAAUAUUGUUUGACAUCCUGUCUAAUCAGAAAGAUUUGACUUUAUCAAAGUCUCCAGGGCCUUUUGCUGUUGCUGAUGGAGCUGUGAAGCAGCCACGUUUUCAGGAGAAGCAGAUACCUGAAGAGCCAAAGCUGACCUUGGAUGAAUCUUGUGACCUUGAUAUUGAAAAUGACGAUGUCCUGACUUUGCACGAAGCUCUGGCAGCACUUAGCCUCUCUGAAUACGUUAGCACUUUUGAAAAGGAAAAGAUUGAUAUGGAAUCUCUGCUUAUGUGUACGGACGAUGACCUGAAGGAAAUGGGAGUACCCCUGGGACCCAGAAAGAAGAUAGCUCACUUCGUAAAACAUAAAGCUGCCCAACUGGAACAAAAAAAAACAGCCUCAGAAAAGAAGGCAGUGAUGGCGGCUUUGACAAAAGGACAAGAGGAAAGUGCUCAGAAAGCUAAAGAAAUGGCUUCUGUCCCCUCAGAAUCUAGUGAGUCCAAGAGGAAACUUCCAGUCGGUGCUUGUGUUUCUUCUGUGCAUGUUGGUUAUGAGUCUUUUGAAAUUGGCACUGGGCAGGUUUCUGUUGUUUACAGCUCAUUAGACUUUGAACCAGAGAUUUUCUUUGCCAUGGGAUCUCCAGUUGGUAUGUUUCUUACUAUUAGAGGAGUGGAUCGGAUAGAUGAGAACUACAGGCUUCCUACCUGUAAAGGAUUCUUCAAUAUUUAUCACCCACUUGAUCCAAUGGCAUAUAGACUUGAACCUAUGAUUGUUCCAGAUUUGGACCUAAAAGCGGUUCUCAUUCCACAUCACAAAGGCAGAAAAAGACUUCAUUUAGAGCUGAAAGAAAGUCUGUCUCGCAUGGGAUCUGAUUUGAAGCAGGGUUUUAUUAGCUCUCUGAAAAGUGCCUGGCAGACGUUAAAUGAGUUUGCCCGUGCUCACACCUCCUCAGCUCAGCUGCAAGAGGAACUGGAGAAGGUGGCCCAUCAGAUCCAAGAGGAGGAAGAAAAACAAGUCGAUGCCGAAAAGGUGGUGGAAAGUCCAGAUUUUUCCCAGGAUGAGGACUACCUAGGGAAGGUCGGAAUGCUGAACGGAGGCCGCCGGGUCGACCACGUCCUUCAGGAAAAGCCAAUAGAGAGUUUCAAUGAGUAUCUCUUCGCUCUUCAGAGUCAUUUGUGCUAUUGGGAGUCUGAAGAUACUGCCCUGUUAUUACUUAAAGAAGUGUAUCGAACAAUGAACAUCAGCCCAGAACAGCCCCAGCAUUAACUGGACUUCAGCUCCACUGUGUGAGUUUAUCCUUGUUGUGUGCAUCUUUAAAUUUGGAAUGCACCCUAAAAUCAGCUGUUGCCGGGAUGAAGGUUGAGUUCUUCUGGACGCAGUUUGCAUUUUUUCGGCCCAUCACUGGGGGGACACUACCAACCUGAGUCUGCUUAAGCUGACUUCUCUUAGGUUUUCUUGGACUGUGCUGGUAUUGUGAAUUCAGACCACAAAAUUUGCAGCCAAGUCAGGGUGGAUGUACGAGUUCAAUUACCAAGGUAUUGUUAAGGAGGAGAGGUGCAGACUUCUUUCCAGCCCUCUGGGGGAAGGGUUAUUUUUUACCUUUCCUUGAGACUAUAGCCGUUUGGCAUCCUUACUUUUUGUGAGGGUCUCUGCCUCCUUUUAGACUUCCUAUCCUGGGCAUCUUUUCUUCCCAUGGUACAUAAAAUAAUGGUGUAUUAGGUUCAUUGAAAUAUGGUUUUUAUUGUUACUAUAGUUUUUACUGUCUGGCAGUGCCAGUUAUUAGUAUACCGUAGUCUCGGUGAUGAUUCCAAAUAAAUUUUGAAAUGAUUUAUGUUCCCAACAGUCUCUCUCCACAAAACGAACAAAAUUCAAACAAUAUAGUCCUUGGGUUUUAAUAGCACCUAUUACCAAAAGGAGACCCUUCAUUUCACAUUUAAUUUGUUCACUGCUCAUUGUUUUAUUUCUUCUUCUACUUGGUUGUAAAACUUAGGCAAGAACUUAUGUUCCUAAUACUGUACUAAUACUAUGAAGUAAUUAAUUUAAAAUAUUAACAAUUCUUCCGUACAUGGUUCAUUCGAGCAGAGAUCAAUUUUGCCGAAUUCUUUUGUUUAUCUCAUUUAUUCCAUUCUAGAAUUGUCCAUAAGCCUCAGAUUAACUUGUCAAAAACUUCCUUUUAAUCUCCAUACUCACGAUGUGGUAAAGGUGACCCAGAGUAGUUAUCCUCGCAGAAUGCUCCCGGCUGCAUGUCUUUCCCUUCCCUCCCUUCCCUGCCUGUCUGAGGACUGGUGCUCACAGGAUUUGCUUUUUGGGUGCACUGGACAGCGUGUUCUUUUGGUUCAGACAGGAACAGCAGUGCAUUAUUAUGUUAUUACUGUAAGUUUGUGAAGUUCACCAAGGAUAUUUUUUUCUUUUGAAGACUUUGUCUUUCCAUAAAGUUGCAGUAUAAAUUACAUUGCUGAGAGAAUCCUCAGAGGACAUUCCCAGUUUGCCCUUGUGAUGGAUGACACAGAAGUGAUGCACUGACAGUUGCUCAGAUGUAAUUCUCAGAUGUAGGGAUUCAUUUAGAAGAAAACGUACAGAACAAGAGACAGUAGAAACAGUACCACAUUUGGACGAUAUAGAUGAGAAAAUGCAAUUAUCAAAAUGAUGCAGUUAAAAACUCCUCAGAUCAGUUCAGUGCACAGUUGUUAACGUAAUAUAUGAUGUGGGUAGAGAAAGACCUGUAGCAGACUGACGUCGUUUCUGUUUCUUUAAGACCUGCUGCUGUGGCUGUUAGACUUGCACUUUUUAAAUGUAGUAUAUGUUCUUUUACUCAAGUGUGGACUUCUUGAGAAACUAGGAAUGUAAUUUUUUUAAAUGUAUGUUCUACUUUGAAUGUGAAUUCUUCUGAGCUGCUUUAGUGCAGCCAGCGUUACUUGUGUUUGUUAAGAGGCACUAACCAAGAUCACUUAUAUUCCAUCUUGAAUCUGAGAUUUUCUUGAAGCCUUCAAGCUAUUGCUGAGAACAUGGCUAUGAAGGGGGGUGAAGUGCCCUGACUGCACAGCAGUUCUCUGAGGCUCUCCCAGCACGGCCAUGUCCACUGGGGGCCAGUGAGAGCUCUCCCCUGUCGUGCAGGGUGGCUGGCUGUGCAGUCGCCUCAUCCUGAAGCUCCAGUUAAUCUGAGAACCAGAGGGGUUUUUUUGGUUUUUGAUUUUGUUUUUUGCUUUGUAUUGAUUAGUUUCUUUCAUACCAAAGUGUUUGAAAGUAUGAAAUAUACUGCUUCUAGACUAUAAAUCAACUUCAUGAAAAAACUUUUCCAUAGUACUUCAUUUUGUUUUACUGUAACUUUAAAUGAUCUUAACUAUUUUCCUAAUACUUAUGUGGGAAUGCUGACUUUUUUUCUGUUGUUAUGCAGUAAAGACAUUUUACACUGUUUACAUAGUUCUCAUGGAACAUAGAAUUUUUGAAAGCAACAUUUGAUACACAUUUUUGUGUAUAUAUUCUAAUUAGUUUGAAUAAAACAGUAACACAAUGCAUUUUUUUUAAAGCAUCAAACUUCUGUAUUUCUCUUGUCUUCCUUAAAAGUAUUCCUACGAGUUUGGCAUUUAUUUUCAUUGUGAGUACACGCUAUACGUUGUUAACAUAUAGCAUUUGCUCCCAAUAAUAGAAUUAGUACAGUAGAAUUUUAGAGCUGCAAUCGACCCCAGACAACAUAUAUUCCAAGCACCGCAUUGUAUAGCUGAGGACACAGCACUCGAUGCCUUUCUCAGAUGGCUGGUGGCAGGUGUGGGCUGGACCAGUUUCACCGACUUCCUUCUGUCUGCAUUUCUCACACCAGUGCUACUACUUCUCACUUGUUUUCCACGUGACUUCCCAAAACUGAUGAAAUUCAGAAAAAUGAGGUUAUUUAUGUAUAUUUUAAUAAAAUCUAGUGUGAUUUUUCAAUUUA